AAGUACCCCAACAUCUCUGUGGCAGCAGACAAGUCAGACGGCCUGGCUGUACUGGGAGUUCUGAUAGAGGUGGGUAGGGGUAGGGGUAGGGUAGGGGAGGGAAUGGAGAGGAGAUGGGAGAGAGGAGAGAGAGAAGAGGACGGUGAUGGGAAUGGAGAGGAUAGGAGAGGGAUAGAGGAAGGAAGGAAAGGAAAGGGGAGGUGGGAAGAGGGAGGGGGGAUGAAGCGGGAAGGGUUUGUUUGGAGAGGGGAGGGCCCAUGGAUGGGGUGAGGGUGAUGUUUGGCCCCGGGGGCCCGGCUAUCAUUGCGGGCCCCCGGGGGCCUGUGCGGCGGGGGGUUGGCGGCGGGCGGGCCGGAGGGGGUCUGGGUAGGGGGGAUCGGGGCUGAGGGCGGGGCGCGUUGGUCCCGGGUUUGGGGGGGGCCCCGUCCGCUGGCCCCCCCGGGGUUCCUUUCUCAGUGGGUCGGGCGGGGCUUUCCUUCCGGCGUCCCUGGGCCGGGGGCGCGGGGGGGGGGGCGGCCCGGGCCGUCCGGGGCUCUUCGUCUGGGGGGCGGUUCCUUUCGGGGGGGCUACCGGGGGGGCGGGGAGGGGGGCGGGGGGAGGGCGGGGGGCGGCAGGGUGGGGUCGGGCGGGGGGUUGGGGGCGGCGGGUGGGGGGUGGCGGGGGGGGGGGGGGGGGGCGGCGGCGUUUGGGUCUGGGGGGGUGGGGCGCUUUGGAGAGGUGGAGGAGGGAAGGAGAGGGAGAGGGCGGGGAAAUAAAAGGAGUGGCGCUCACCCCCGCUUUACCCCGUUCCAAAUUGCUCCUUAACCUUUCCCCUCGGUCAUAAUUCUUGGAUUCUUACACCUUACAAAUCUGCAAACAUCAAAGGGAUAGGGCCAAGUGGAGGGGUAGGGAGUGAUUUGGGACUGUCUGUCAAUGAGCACCACUAACCCAACUGUUGGGCCCCCUGCUGCAGGUCGGGGAAUUCAAUCCACGUUCGAUCAUUCCCCAAUCAUCAAUGGUUUUAAAAAACAGAUUUGGGCUUUUUUCCCAAUGGUUUUUGGCAUGGUUAGUGAAACCAUUUGUUGUUUUAAAUGUAAUCAUCUAUUCCAUUCUAUUCCAUCCUAUUCCAUUCUAUUCUAUUCCAUCCUAUCCAAUCCUACCUAUUCCAUUAUGCAUCUAUUCAUUAUUUUCCCUUCUAUUCUAUCCAUUCUAUUCCAUUCUAUUCCAUUCCAUUCUAUGCCAUCCUAUUCCAUUAUAAUUAUAUUCUGUUCUAAUCCAUUCCAUCCUAUUAUUCCAUUCCUUCCUUCCAUUCCUUCAUUCCCUUCAUUCUAUUCCAUUCAUCCAUUCCAUCUAUCCAUUCAUUUAUCCAUUCCAUCCUAUUCCUUCUAUUCCUUCAUCCAUCCUAUUCCAUCCUAUCCAUUCUAUUCAUUCCAUUCUUCUAUUCCAUCUAUUCCAUUCCAUCUAUGCCAUCCUAUUCAUUAUAUUAAAAUCUGUUCAAAUUUCCCUUCUAAAUUUCCCUUCCAUUCAUCUAUUCCAUCUAUUUAUCCAUCAUUUCAUCCUAUCCUCCAUUCUAUCCAUUCCGUUCUAUUCCAUACUAUUCUAUUCCAUUCAUUCAUCUAUCCAUUCCAUUCUAUCCAUCCUAUCAUUAUAUCAUAAUUCUGUUCUAUCCCAAAAAUUUCCUUCAUUCCAUUAAUCCUUCUAUACCAUUCUAUCCAUUCUAUUAUAUUCCAUCCUAUUCCAUCCCAUUCCAUUCCAUCAUUCCCCUCCCCAUUCCAUUCCAUUCCAUUCCAUUCUAUUCCAUUCCCACCUAUUCCAUUCAUCCCAUUCCUUCUAUUCCAUUCCAUCCUACCAUUUCAUUCCAUUCCAUUCUAUUCCUUCCAUCCUAUUCCCUUCAUUCCAUUCCAUCUAUUCCCAUCCUCCUUCCAUUCCAUUCCAUCCCCUCCACCUCCUAUUCCAUCCUAUUCCAUCAUUCCAUCCAUUCCAUUCUAUCUAUUCUAUUCCAUCUAUUCCAUGGGGCCAUUCUAUGGCAUCCUAUUCCAUUAUAUUAUAUUCUGGUCUAUCAUUUCUAUUCCAUUCCAUUCCAUUCUAGCAAAUUUUAUUCCAUUAAUCCAUUCCAUUCCAUUUCCCUUCAUUCUAUUCAUCAAAUCCAUUCCAUCCAUUCUAUUCUAUCUAUUCCAUUCUAUCCUUCUAUUCCAUUCCAUCCCACCAUCCAUAUCAUUCUUUCGAUUCAGUCAUCCUUCCUCAUUUUCUAUUCCUUUCCCUCCAUUCAUUCUAUUCUAUUCUCCAUUCUAUGCCACCUUCCAUUAAAAAUUAAUUCUGUUCUAUUCCAUUCUAUUCUAUUCCAUUCAUUCUAUUCCAUCUAAUUUUCCUUAAUUCCAUCCGAUUCAUUCCAUUCUAUUAUUCAUUCUAUUCCAUUCCAUCCUAUUCAUUACAUUUUUUUUCUCAUUCCAUUCCAUCCAUUCCAUCCAUCAUUCCAUCUAUUUAAAAUUCAUUAUUCCAUUCCAUUCUAUGGGCCCCCUAUUCAUUAAUAUUUAUUUUGUUCAUUCCAUUCAUUCAAAAAUUUCCCUUCUAUCUAUUCAUUCCAUCCUAAUCCAAUUCUACUUCCAUUCCAUCUAUUCAACCCCUAUCCAUUAUUCCAUUCCAUCUAUUCAAUUCCAUCCUAUUCCAUUCAUCAUUCCAUCUAUAUUCCACUAUUCCAAUUUUUCCCUCCAUUCCAUUCCACUCCAUCCUAUUCCAUCCUAUUCCAUUCUAUUCCUUUUCCCUUCCAUUCAUUCUAUUCUUUCCAUCUAUAUCCUUCUAUGCAUCAAUCAUAUUAAUCUUUUUUUUUCCAUUCUAUUUAUCCAUUCCCUUCUAUUUCCCUUCUAUUAUUUUAUUCCUUUUACCUUCCCUUCCAUUCCAUUCUUUCAUUCCUUCAAAUCCAUUCCAUUCCAUUCAUUCUUUUUUUUCCAUUCAUUCCCUUCUAUUCCAUUCCUCCAUUCCAUCCAUUCCAUCUUUUUUUUCUUUUCCUUCCAUCCAUCAUUUUUCCCCUUCCUUCCCCUUUCCUUUUAUUCAUUCCAUUCCAUUCUUGCCAUCCCAAUUCCAUUAUAUUUUUCCCGUUUAUUCCAUUCUUACCAUUCCUCCCUUCUAACCCCCCCUACCCCAUUCUUUUCCUUUUCAUUCACCAUUCCUCCAUUUUUACUUCCUCCUUUAUUCCCCCUUUCCUCCAUUAUUAUUCCACUAAACCAUUUAUUCCUUUUACCCAUUAUCCUCCUACAUUUAUUCAUUUGUUUAUUUCCCCCCAUUUAUUUCCUUAUAAACCUUAUUCCCCUUUUAUCCAUUUUUUUCAUGCUUUUAAUUUAUUCCCUCCAUUUAACAUUUUUCCCUUUUUCCUUUUCAUCCUUUAAUUCAUUCAUCCAUUUUCCUCCUUCUUAAACCCCUUUUUUUUCUUCCUCCCCUUUUUUUCCACCCCCCAUUCUCCUUUAAACUUCCAAAUUUAUUCCUUUUUUUCCAUUUUUCCAUUCUAUUCUAUUAUCCUAUAAAUUAAAAACCUCCUUUCCUUCCCUUCCUUUCCUCAUUUUUUCCAAAUUAAACCCCAUUCCUCCCAUUCCACCCCCAUUCCUUCAUUCCAUCCUUUUUAAAUUCCUUCCACGUUUUUACCCCUUUUUAUCUUAAUUUUUUCCCCUUCCUCCGUUUUUUUUUCCAUUCUUUUCCUUCCUUCAAUUUACCAUUCCUCCUAUUAUACCUUCCUUCCCCGAUUCUAUUCCACCAUUCUUUUCCAUUCCACUUUUUAUAACUAAAAGGGUACCAGAUUAACCCCUUCCCACCUUUAUAAACACCCGGUCUGGGCCCACCCCCCUCAAAACCCCCUUUUUGGAUUUUCAAAACCGCACCCCCCUUAAAAAAAAUACUAAACGUACUACCACAGUACUACUACUCAAACCCAGAAAUACCCAGACUAUACAGUACUACUACCCAUAUCCCACGGUAUUUAAUUUAAAAUACUAAAACAAACUAACAGCUACUACAGUACAAACAGCACACAGAAACUAAUACUCUACAGUACUAAAAUACCCCUUAUCCCUCUAAAACCUAAACAUACCCCACAAACUUCAUCCCAACAAAACCCCCUUACCUACUGCAAAACAUACUCAAAACCUCGAAUUCCCAAAAUACUCUUUUUUUUCUAAACAAUACCACUACAAAGUCUAUAAGCUCCAUGUUACCUGUCAAAAACCCAAAAUUUUUCAAUACAACAGAAACCCAAGUACUUUUUCCCCUUGGUUUAAAAACCCAAUUUAAGUAGGGAAAAUUCCCUUUUCGGGGAAAUCCAAGGGGGUUUUUUGGUUUAAACCCCCGGGGUUUGUUUUUUAAGGUGAAUGACCGGGGAGUUUGGUAGUGGAAAUUGAGUGUUAAAAAGGGGAAAAAACCCCGGUUUUGGGGGGGGGGGUAAAGGGGGGGGGCCUUGGCCCCUUUUUUUUUUUUGAACUGGGGUUUGGUGGGGGGUUGGGUAAAUUUGGGGGUUUUGGGUUGGGUGAAUUAAUUUGGGUUGGGGGGUUGGGUUUUAUUGGGGGGGGGUUGGUGGUGGGGUUGGGGGAAAAGGGGUGGGGGGGUUUAUGGUUAAGGGGGUGGGGGGGGAAGGGGGGGGGGGGGGGGGGUGGGGGGGGGGGGGUGGUGUUGGGGGGGUUUUUGGUUUGGGGGGUGUUGGGGGGGGUUUUGGAAGGGGUAACGGGGGUGGUCUGGGUAUGGAAAAAACUGGGUGUGCGGGGUUAUAAGAACGGGUUUUGCUUUUUAGGGCAUUUUUGGGGGGGGGUUCGGGGAGGUCCCCAAAGGGCUUUCAACGGGUUGUGGCUUUCCACCGUUAUUUUUUUGGGGUGUCUGCUUUUUUUUUCCAACCUUCCCGAAAUUUACUGCUUCCCAAAACCGGUUUUUGCUUUGUUUCCCGUAACUGCUUACCGUAACGCUACUGCUUGACCGUAAGCUGCUUAGUGUUUACCAGUAACGCUUACUGCUUACCGUAACUGCUUAGUGCUUACCGUAGCUGCUUAGUGUUUACCGUAACUGCUUACUGCUUACCGUAACUGCUUAGUGCUUACUGUAACUGCUUACCGUAACUGCUUAGUGCUUACCGUAACUGCUUAGUGCUUACCGUAACUGCUUAGUGUUUACCGUAACUGCUUAGUGCUUACCGUAACUGCUUAGUGCUUACCGUAACUGCUUUGUGCUUACCGUAACUGUGCUUCUCUGUCCUCUUUGAUGCUUUUCCCGACUUUCUCUUUUCAAGUUGAUCCUUAAUUACCACUUUAUUCCUGACUUCCUCUCUAACUUGAUCGCGUCAAUUAGCUUUUAAAAGGUGGGCGUGCUUCAUGUCUCUAGAAAUUAAACGUUACCGCUUCAGAAUGAGAUGAAAUGAAAUGCUCUCCCUCGCUCGUGAAUGUGACUUCAGCCCUCUUUUCAGUGGCGGUUCACCACACACUAUAGAUCCACAUACCAUAUUACAGUCUGAAUGACAUACCAUGCUCUGCUCUGUGGUCUGACAGUAUGACAGGAAUCUGCAUGGUGUUCUCAGCUACUCAAAUUCCCUUUCCAUUUCCAAGGGCUGUACGCUUCUUUAUAAUAGCAGGUCUCUCUGAUUAUGGCUCUUCUUUGGCAUGGCAGUGCUGUAUCUCCUCUUCCUCUGGCUUGCAUGGGGGUACCCCGUCUAUCUUCAGAAGGGGAAUCCUGCUGCAUGCGCUAGGCCAACGCCAUAUUGGACAUGUCCCUUGCCUCUGGGACUUUAAUAAACCUCUAAUGUCCUUGGCUCUGUAUCUGAUUCAGGCAGAGGACUGCAGGGUGGUGUUCAGACAGUCACCUCUCCGUUCCUGAGGAGGCAGAUCAUCAACCAGCUGUUAGUUGGAGACCUGGCAGACCUGGCUGAUCAGGACGGCCUCAACCAGCUGUUAGUUGGAGACCUGGCAGACCUGGCUGAUCAGGACGGCCUCAACCAGCUGUUAGUUGGAGACCUGGCAGACCUGGCUGAUCAGGACGGGCUCAACCAGCUGCUGCCCAAGAAGCCCAGAGCACCAGGCAAGAAGUGGAAUGACCUCGAAAACCACCAGAAAGGCUGGAUCCCAGACCCAGCGCCAUACUGGGUCCAAGCACCACCAGAACACCUGGUCUCAGACCCAGAACAGCCUCAAGCAGCAGUGGCUGAAGCCCAAUAAGGUGCCAUCCGGAGGUGCAGGAGCUGCCAGACUAGUCCCCUCUCCCAGGAAGAACCACCAGAACAGGCAACCUGUGUGGAAGUCAGGUCUGAGCGAGGACAUUCUGUGUUACGUCUCUUUCGAGCAGAAUGUGUCUCGCCAGCUGAACAGAGGGAGAUCCCCUCCUCACACAGACACCCAGCUGGUCCAGGCUCUCAGAGAAACUCUGUUCCCAGAGCUCAACCUGCGCAGCUACCUGGGCUGUAAGUCUGACCUGGGUCUGCCCACCAUCAGGCAGCUCCUCCGGGGGAGAUCGGCCACAGAUGAGGCCCUGGAGCUGGACCAGGCCAUUGUCAAGGCCUUGGGGGGGACAGGGCAGAGGGGCUCCACAGCUCAGCAACAGCAGACCGUGGUGGGACAGAGAGGGUCAACAGAGAAGCAGCAGACCAACACCCUCUCCAAGCACCAUACAGGCUUCGCUCCAGCCCCUGCUGCCGUGCCUAGGAAACCCGAUCAGCCAAUCCCAUGGCUCCAGCCUAUGGAGUGGGAGGAC